AUGUCGGAAGUGGCGGUGGCGAGAAGUGCUCUUGCAAGUAGUCGUGGAGGAGGUAGUCGUGCCUCCAGUACUCGUGGAGUCUCCUUCCGAGAACAAGGACACGGAAGUGAGGAUAUUGAAAUGAUGGUUCAAGUGCUGAAUAAGCAUUUGAAAAUGAAUUUGACGUUGGUCUCUUUUGAUGAAUUAUCCAGUUCAAAACCAAGUCGAUUAUUGGAUUUGUUGAACAAUUUGAUUGGAUACUUGUCGACUGAAUACAAAGGUGAUUUAAAUAAGGAACCUCCCGAACAAACAUUUCAAAGAGUGAUGCAUUUUCUUGUGGUCAUCUUGGGUUUUAAACAUCUCCGACAAGAGAAUCAGAAUGAAUUGGCAGCCGGUAUCAUUAACGGAGAUCGGAAAACAUUGUACCCCAUCAUCUUUAGUAUUUGUCAGAAAAUUGAUGACAUGAAAAAGAGAGUAUACUUGGCCAAAUACAUGGUCGAAAUUAAAGUUCCGGAUGAAUUUUUAAUGGAUCAAGAGGUGAACAAUAUCUAUCAGCAAUACAAACAACUCAUUCAGAAUUUUAAAUCGACCCACCAGCAAACAACUACUUUGAAAGAAAGCACCCAAGAUCCGGAGGAAAUUAAGCAACGUAUUUUCAAAAUGGAACGAGAAAAGGAGCAGUUAAAAGUGAAAAACGAAGAGUUGACAAAGAAAAUUCGAGAAUUAACGAAUGAUGCUGAAGCAUUUAUUGAUCUUACUAGCAAGCUCAAUAAGGAACAGGACGAACGAUUUUCUCUGGAAAAGAGUCAACAAGAUCAGCUGCAUAAACUUCGAGAGAGUGAAGAUCGAUUAGCUCAAGUUCAAAAAUUAUUGACUGAAACCGAGAGGGAUAUUGGAUCUGGUGAUGUUGACUCUCUCAUUGAAAAUUUGGAAAACGUUGUCUCCAAGCUGCGAGAAGAAACUCAAACCAAGCUUCCAACAGAAAUUAGUGAGAAACAAUACAAGAUUGAUAUUUUGAAGAAAGUGUCAAACAUGUCGUCCAUGACUGACGCUUUAUUAUCAGUUGACAGUGACAUUCGAAGAUUGAAAGAAGAAAUUACCACUCUACAAGACGAACUAUCUCAAAAAACUGAAAACCAACAAAACAAAGAUGAUAAUAGACUAACCUCAAUGGUCAAAGUUGUACAGAAAAAGAAGCAAGAUAUGGAAAAAAGACUUCAAACCAAUCAAAAAGAACUCUCUAAAGUUCAAGCCAAAAUUAAAAAAGUCGAGGAUGACUUGAAACAAUUUGAGGGGCAGAAAAUUCCAACGGCUGAGGAAUUUGAACAACUCAGACAAGAAGUCAUGCAGAAAGCCAAUGUUGCCAAAAAGAUGAAAGCUGAAUUGGGAGAGCUCAAAAAAGAGAACCUCGUUUUGCGAAGAACAGAAGAAAUUUUAAAAUCGAAAGAUGAAAAGGUUGAACAAUUUUUAAGAAAGCUUGAACAAGAGAAGGGUAUUCAAGGAUUUCGACAAAUACAAAAAGAAAUCAUUGAUGCCUCCCAAACCAAGAACGAGAUUGAUAAGGAAAAGGGAGAAACUUUGGAAGAAAUUUCAAAAAUUGUGCAAGAACUCAAUGAAAAGAUCAAUGCUCAGAAGGAACGUCUCAAGCAACCGGUGAAGCAGCUCAAAAUUCUCAGAGAAGAACAUCAAACCAUUGAAAAUGAGUACAAUGACAAGAAGGCUGUCUAUGACAAUAUUAAACUUGGUCAAGAGAGUGAGGUGACCAAAUUACGAAGUGACAUUAAGGAACUUCAAGAGGAGAUUGAACGUCAGCAAAGCCUUUACUACCUUUUGCAGAGUCAAGGUUCCAUUAACAAUGCAAUGAAAAAGAGAAUUGAUGACGAGAAGGACUUUUUAGAUCCAAAAUCUGGCAAGAAGUUUUCUCUCGAAUAUCAAUCUUACACAUCCUUCCUGAAGGGAAGAAUUGAAAAACUCGAACAAAUGAGCAAGGAAUUGAGAGAAAAACAAAAAUACAUUAAGGAGACACACGAUCCUAACAUGAAACAAAUCGAACAAUUUACCAAUUUGCGAAAACUUCUCGAGCUAAAGAUUCGUUUGCAAAAAGAAGGAAUCACUGGUUCCACUCAGAUAAGGCAAGCAUUUGGAGCGAACAACAAUAGUGACUCCUCAUUUGUACAAUCAGGUGUCGAUCGAUUGGUGAUAAAUUAA